GGGGACGGGGGUCCCCCAGCCCCCCUUAGCGGUGCCCCUCACUCCUGAUCCGCAGCCCCACUUUCCUACCCCACGGGCACCCCUAAUUCCCAGUCUUGCCCUGAGACCCCAGCCCCGUUGCUUCCCACGCAUUUCUUAUCCUCCUCCCUUGUGAGACCUUAUAGUUUAGAUAGAGGCUGUGGGUCGGGAGUGAGGGGCAAUAAUAAGGGGGGGCUGUGGGUCAGGAGUGAGGGGCACCACGGGGCCAUUGCAGUAGCCCAUCAGUUCUGCAUCCUCUUGCAAGAACGAAUCUUCACUAGCCGGGGCCUGAAGACUUGACUGUCCAGGUUGGGUGAUGCUUCAGCACAGGGACCCAUGCCUUGGCCUGUACCUGUAGUGCAGGAUCCUGGGGGUCCCCUGGGCACCUGGGCUCUCUGGGAGCAGAGCUGGGGGCUGGUGGCCCGUACGCCUUGAUUCUCUGGGGAUCUCAUGGCUUUGGGCCAGCCUCAGCCCAGCUCCCAGAUUCCUGGGUUCAUUUGCUGUCCUGCCUGGCGCCAGCGCUGGGACCCAAGUGUCCGAGUUUGCUUCCCCCCCCACAUAGCUCCGCGGUGCCCUUCACUCCCGACCCAUAGUCCCCCGCAUAGGCUCGCGGGGAGGGGGGCAGAAUCGGAACCAUUGGCGCGGCGAGGAGGUCCCAAGGCCCCACCCAGAGCCGGCAGGGAACCCGGGCUUCGCGUAGCUCGCACCCUGUAGGCCCUAGAGCGGUAAGGAACCUAGGCGUCCAGGCUCCCUACUCCGCCCCCCUCCAGACCCCACUUGCCUUCUAGACCCCAGAAGGAACUCAGGCGUCCUGGCCGCCAGCAUCCCCCUCAACCCUCCAGGCCCCGCUCCCUCCUCAGAUCCUAGAGAGAACCCAGGAGUGCAGGCCCUACUGACCCCCCUUUCCUCUCCUAGAGUGAACCCAAGCGUCCGGGCCACCUUCCCCGGCUCAGGAAGGGUUAAAUCCCCACGCCUAUAGUUUCCUGGAAUUGAGUGCGGUCUCUUUAAGAGGGCGGGGCUUCGGUGUCCAAGGGGCGGGGCCUGGGCGCUGUGUGCUGCCCCCUGGUGUCCGCGCGCGCUGCCCCGGACAGCCCCGCCUCCAGGCCGCUACCGGCGCUUCGCGAGCGCCCUUGUCACCUGCUUCACGGGGAGUCGUACGUCCGGGCCACAUGUGCGUGUGCGUGCGUGUGCGGGCGCCCAGGACUGUUGGGUUCUGUGUGUGCGCGUGUGUGCGGGUGCGUCCCGGACGCUUGGGUUCCGUGCGCGCCCCGCCCAUGCCUGGGUGUGCGGUAGCUGGCCUGCCCGGGCGGGCGCGGCCCCCCGCACAGCCUCGCACGAGGGCGCUACUCCCCCAGACCCUGCAGCCCGCGCCCGCAGGGCACCACCCGGCGUGACAUGCGCCCGCGUGUCCCAGCCUCAGCCCCCUGCUGCCGGAGUCGGGCAUCGUAGCCGACAUAGACGUGGAGAAGCUCCUGGCCCUGCCCAGUGACGCCUGCUACCAGCUCAAGAGCCAGCCCCUGGAGGCCGGGUAGGCGGGACCGGCCGGAAGUGGGGCUAGGCUGGCGCAGCCCUCCCUCAGGCCCAGUGGCACUGCCAGCCCCCAGCCCUGCUCCCACAAUGUCAUCACGUGUGUUGCUGCGGCAGCAGCUGAUGCGGGCCCAGGCCCAGGAGCAAGAGAGGCGGGAGCAGCAAGCAGCUGCCGCCUUCCUGCCCCCCCCCGGGACUGCACCUGCCCCCUCCCCUGCCAUCGCUGCCCCCCUGCCCCGCUCCACCACUGCUGCCCAGGUGCCCGUCGAGGUUCUCAAGGUGCAGACCCACCUGGAGAAUCCAACUCGCUACCACCUGCAAGAGGCGCAGCGACAGCAGGUCCGUCAGUACCUGUCCACCACCCUGGGAUCCAAGCUGGCAGCCCAGGCUCUAGCUGGCACCAGCCCAGCUGUCCCACCCUCAACACCUACAGCUCAGCCUCAGGCAGCCUCAGUACCCCCCGCUGGCCCCAGCAGUGCCCCCAACAGCCCCAUGGCCUUGCUGCACAUUGGAUCCAGCUCUGAGAAGGAGAUUGAUGAUGUCAUAGACGAGAUCAUCAGCCUUGAGUCGAGCUAUAACGACGAGAUGCUAAACUACAUGCCUGUGGAUGGGGGCUUGCAGCUGCCCAGCACGCUGCCAGUGGCUGGCAAUCUGCUGGAGGUUUACCGCAGCCCGGGCCCUGGGGAGGUGCCUGGGGGCCCCGUCAGCAACUCCUGCCCUGCCGAGCUGCCCCACAUCAAGGCUGAGCUCUCAGAGACAGAGGCCAAGGCGCUGCUCAAGGAAAGGCAGAAGAAGGACAACCACAACCUGAUUGAGCGGCGGCGACGGUUCAACAUCAAUGACCGGAUCAAGGAACUCGGGACCCUCAUCCCCAAGUCCAAUGACCCGAGGGAGUUCAGGCACCUGCCUCCUCCCCACAGGGAAAUGCGCUGGAACAAGGGCACCAUCCUCAAGGCCUCGGUGGACUAUAUCCGCAAGCUGCAGCGCGAGCAGCACCGGGCACGGGAGCUGGAGCUGCGCCAGCGCCGCCUCGAGGCUGCCAACCGCAGCCUGCAGCUGCGAGUUCAGGAGCUGGAGAUGCAGGCGCAGCGGCACGGACUUCCGGCCCCAGCACCUGCUGUCUCUGUCUCUGCCCGGGCUGAUGCCUCCGACCCAGGCCCCGCCCCCGGUGAGGUCCCACCCCCUCCCGCCUGCCUGCUGGACUUGGCAUUGGCGGCGGAGGACUUGGGCUUCCCCCUGGGUCUGGGCGGAGGUGGCGCCUUCGAGGACGUCCUCAUGGAGGACGGAGGCGGCCCCCUGUCCCCGCUGGGCGCCAGCGACCCCUUGCUCUCGGCCGUUUCCCCCGUUGCCUCCAAGGGCUCCAGCCGUCGCAGCAGCUUCAGCAUGGAGGACGAGUCAUGAGGGUGAAAGGAGGGGAGGGUUGGAGGUUUCCCACUUAAAGGCAGGCCUUGCCCCCUUUCAGAGAGGUGGUGCCUUUCAAGGCAAGCCCCACCCUUUCUGAGGCUGGUUUCACUGCUUUAAGGCAGAUUCUACCCUCUAGGAGAGAUUUCGCACCUUUAAGGGCAUGUCUGCCCCUUUAAAACAGGUCCUGCCCACUGAAAGAGGUGGGGGGGAGACUACUGUCUCUGCGAGGAAGUUCCUAACGCCCAGCUUUAAGGCAGGCCGGCCCCACCCACUUCUAGGAAGCUGUUCCUUUAAGAAGGCCCCACCGUCUCCAUAACCCUCCUCUCAGCCCUUCCCUCCCCUAGCCUGGCCCCUCAGUCAUGUUAGCAGAGCCCACCCUUCCUUUUUUAGUCCCACCCGUCUCUUCAUUAGGGGGCGGGGCUUGCCAGCAAGGGAGCCAAGCCAGGGCCUGCCUGUCUUUAACCCUCACUUCAUUUUAUAUAAGCCCCUCCCCUUUUAUGUUACUGUUCAGCUCGUGGUAACGCCUCUGGCUACAGCAGACAGCAAACCCAGCCACUUCCCCUACCCCGAGAAUGGCGGGGGCAGGGACAUGAGGGGGAGGGGCUGGCUCCACCCCCUCAGUCUCACCCUCCAAUUUUGUACAUGGGAAGUUAUCCAGAUCCUGAUGAAUAAACCUGCCAGGGAGUGCUUUUCUAA